AUGGACCCCAUCAACGGAGGAAACAGUCUCAAUAAUCCUAACCUUGCCUCAAAACAGCGACUGCGUUGGACACACGAGCUUCAUGAACGCUUUGUCGAUGCUGUGGCACAACUUGGUGGGCCAGAUCGUGCGACACCAAAAGGUGUUUUGAGAGUGAUGGGUGUACAAGGUUUAACCAUAUACCAUGUAAAAAGCCAUUUACAGAAAUAUCGACUUGCAAAAUACCUACCCGACUCCUCAUCUGAUGCUGACAAGAAAGAACCUGGGGAUGUGCUUUCCAAUUUGGAUGGUUCAUCUGGAAUGCAAAUUACAGAAGCACUCAAGCUGCAGAUGGAGGUGCAGAAGCGACUGCACGAGCAAUUAGAGGUACAGAGACAGCUGCAGUUACGGAUUGAAGCACAAGGUAAAUACUUGAAGAAAAUUAUAGAAGAGCAACAACGACUUAGUGGAGUUCGUUCAGAAGCACCUGGCUCUGGGCACUUAGCUCGUUUGUCAGAUGACAAUUGCCCAGAAUCUGAUAACAAGACUGACCCGGCAACCCCUGCCCCGACCUCUGAGUGCCCCCUCCAAGACAAGGCUGCCAAGGAAUGUACACCAGCCAAGAGCCUUUCCAUUGAUGAAUCUUUCUCAUCUCAUCAUGAACCCUUGACUCCAGAUUCUGCUUGUCAUGUUGAUUCUCCAGCCGAGAGUCCAAAAGCAGAGAGGUCGAUGAAGAAGCAGCGAGUUAUCAUGGGUGAAGCAUUCGCUGAUCCAGAAGUGGUGCUUACACACCAGAUACUAGAGUCGAGCUUAAACUCUUCAUAUCAGCAAGCACACACGACUUUCUUGCCUAGGGAGCAGUUUGAUCCCUCAUCCGGGAUUUCAUUCAGGAAUGAAAAUAUAUUGGAAAAAGUUGCGGGCAGUGACAUGUAG